CGACACUGCCGUGCGUGAAUACGCCGUCGAUACCGAGUGAAGUGCGUCUCUUUGGAGCAGAUACCGGCUGAGAGAAACGCAGCAGCAAGACAAAAUAACAUUUAUUCGGGCUCGCUUCUCCGUGGACCAACUCCGUUCACCGCGCAUCCCUUCGCCGGAACAUUACAUUUACCCCGACAGCUCGAUGUGGAAGCUGGGUUAAAAGAAGAAAGGGCCACGCUGGGGAAGGCAACCAGCUGAAAUACCGAACCGAGCUCGUUGGAGGAGCACAGUUGCCUCCCAAAACGACGCUUUAAUAAAGGAAGGAGUGCUCACACUUCAGGCCAAACAGUGGUGAAAAUGGACUAUGACUUUAAAGUGAAGCUCACCGGCGAAAGAGAGCGAGUCGAGGACCUGUUUGAGUACGAAGGAUGCAAAGUGGGAAGGGGCACCUACGGUCAUGUAUACAAGGCGAAGAGAAAAGAUGGGAAGGACGAUAAGGACUACGCCCUCAAGCAGAUUGAAGGCACCGGUAUCUCCAUGUCGGCCUGCAGAGAGAUUGCACUGCUGCGGGAGCUGAAGCACCCUAACGUGAUCUCGCUGCAGAAGGUUUUCCUGUCGCACGCUGACCGUAAAGUGUGGCUGCUAUUCGACUACGCAGAACACGAUCUCUGGCACAUUAUUAAGUUUCACAGAGCCUCCAAGGCCAACAAGAAGCCGCUUCAGCUUCCAAGAGGAAUGGUCAAGUCUUUGCUCUACCAGAUUCUGGACGGCAUCCAUUACCUCCACACUAACUGGGUGCUUCACAGAGACCUGAAACCAGCCAACAUUUUAGUGAUGGGAGAAGGGCCAGAGAGGGGAAGAGUAAAGAUCGCGGACAUGGGGUUCGCCCGUCUCUUCAAUUCACCGCUGAAGCCUUUAGCUGACCUCGACCCCGUGGUGGUCACCUUCUGGUACAGAGCGCCUGAACUGCUGCUGGGAGCUCGGCACUACACCAAAGCCAUCGACAUCUGGGCGAUUGGCUGCAUUUUUGCGGAGCUGCUUACGUCUGAGCCCAUAUUCCACUGUCGUCAGGAAGAUAUCAAGACCAGCAACCCUUACCACCAUGACCAGCUGGACCGAAUCUUUAACGUUAUGGGCUUCCCUGCUGGUGAGACUCCUCAGAGGAAAUGACUAUUUAUUUUAAUCAUGUUAUUAUGCCUUUAUUCUACCUGCUUUGUUGUUGGUUUUUUUUAUCUGGGGAGAGAUGUGAUUAAGAAGAUAGCAUUUUCCAUUCCUGGCUAAGGCUCGUUAUUUCCUUAGGCUUUACUUGCUCUGUUUGGAUUAAUGUGGUCUGCAGGCUCUGAGAGUCGGUCCAGAGUCUCUGUACAUGAUGCCAAGUCACAAACAGAAACAUUUGCUGGCAGGGAUGCAUUUGGACUGAUAUUUUCCAGUUCACCUACCCCACCCAUUUGUUAUCUUUGCUGCUCUUUUUAUUUAAUACACCAGUUUGUAUAAAAGUUACUUCUUGAGUCUUCAUUAAAAUUUGACCCCUGUUUUAAUGUUGCUUGUAAA